AGAGAGAGAGAGACUUACCAAAGCCCACAGCUCGGAUGCUGACAGACUAAAGUUUAGUGGGCUUUCAUCAAUGAGGAUCCGUUUUCCAGCACAGGAAUGAUGCCGAGUCAAAAACACUGUGGAAUUCUAUACCUUGGAAUUUUUGUAUGGACGUCGUGUUGUAUUAAAUACUCACUACAGGGUGAAUAUCAGAGGAAGCUGUAUAAGGAAUUGAUGGAAAAUUACAACCGAUUGGAAAGGCCUGUGUUGAAUGAUUCGGCACCCAUUGUAGUGGAGCUGGGCUUUACACUGCUUCAGAUCAUAGAUGUGGAUGAAAAAAAUCAGGUAUUAAUAACCAACGCCUGGCUACAGCUGUACUGGACAGACGUCUAUUUGAGCUGGAACCCUGAUAACUAUCCUGGUGUACAGACCCUGCGUUUCCCUUCGAAUCAGAUCUGGACACCUGAUAUUCUUCUCUAUAACAGUGCUGACGAGAGGUUUGAUGCCACCUUCCAUACAAACGUCCUUGUUAAUGCAUCAGGUGCAUGCCAGUACUUACCACCAGGUAUCCUUAAGAGCACAUGUUACAUAGAUGUGCGCUGGUUCCCAUUCGAUAUACAGAAAUGUGACCUGAAAUUUGGUUCUUGGACUCAUAAUGGCUGGCUGCUGGAUCUACAGAUGCAAGCGGUGGACAUCUCGACAUACAUUCCCAAUGGAGAGUGGGAUUUAGUGGCUGUCCCUGGGAAGCGUAAUGAGCUGUAUUAUGAAUGCUGUAAGGAGCCGUACCCUGAUGUGACUUUCACUGUAACAAUGCGUAGAAGAACACUGUACUACGGUCUCAACCUGCUCAUUCCCUGCGUGCUGAUUUCUGGUCUUGCUCUGCUAGUGUUCCUGCUGCCUGCAGAUUCUGGAGAGAAGAUAUCACUGGGGAUCACGGUCCUCUUGUCAUUAACCGUCUUUAUGCUGCUAGUGGCUGAGAUCAUGCCAGCCACCUCUGACUCGGUUCCUCUCAUUGCUCAGUACUUUGCCAGCACCAUGAUGAUUGUGGGCUUGUCGGUUGUUGUGACCGUCCUCGUUCUGCAGUUUCAUCAUCAUGAUCCACAAGGAGGCAAGAUGCCAAGAUGGGUGCGGGUGAUACUGCUGAACUGGUGCGCUUGGUUCUUACGCAUGAAGAAGCCGGGUGAGGACAGGAAAGCCAGCUACAAAUAUGACCCUUCUCCAGUUCACCAUGCCAGUGCCGGCAGCAUUCAAAUGGGAGUGAUGCCAGGUCAGCCACCGUCUACCAACUCCACCAAUGGCCACAUGAAUCUGUACUUCGGGUACCACUCGAUCGACAGCACUUGCUGCCCACCCAGCAGCGACUCAGGUGUGUCCUGCAGCGGAGGGCGGAUGAGUGGAUCGCCCAAUGAUGAACCGAGGGAGGCUGUUAGGUUGUUCACAGGCGAGCAGGAGAUCCAUCGCAUCCUGUCUGAAGUGAUGUACAUCGCCCAACGCUUCCGUGACCAGGACGAGGCGGAGGCGAUCUGCAGCGAGUGGAAAUUCGCAGCAGCCGUAGUUGACCGACUCUGUCUGGUGGCAUUUUCACUUUUCUCCAUUAUCUGCACCUUCACCAUUCUCAUGUCUGCACCUAACUUCAUUGAAGCAGUCGCAAAAGACUUCACAUAAAUUAUUGACAGCAUUGAGUUUUAUUUGUCGUUUUUGUAGACAUGUUAAAGAUGUUAAAACAGCACCAUGUGAGUAUGAAAAGUAUCUACCGCCAAAGUUGAUUUCUUCCUCUUCUCAUCGUUCCGAGAGCAACGUGAAGAAUUGUGAUAAUUGAGAAAAACCUCAACGAAGUUGUGUAUUUUUGAAAUGUGACUUUUCGAACAAACAAACAGACCCUUGGGAGUGGCUGUUUGAGUGAUAUUUUAUGUCUUUAUAUACUGUAUUCGACUGAGCACUGGGGUCGGUGUGUGUAAAAAGUGUGUGCAAGCAUUGUUAGCAUAGUCACAAGUUAGAAAUGUGUCUGCGAGGCUUAUACAAACUACUGUUUUAAUCUCAUAUAAGCAAAUCACACUGUUUUUAUCAUACUUAAGCAUUAAAGGGACAUUCCACUUUUUUU